CCUGGUUCUGGCUUUGGUUGCGUGCCUCUUCACCCCUUUGACCGCCUUUUUUCUCUUCUCCUCUUCCUGGCUGUGUUUUUCCUAUCUUUCUUUCUCUUCUUCCUUUCUUUUCUGUGCUCCUUUGUUUUGUUUUCUCUCGCUUUCUCUUUCCCUCUCUUCUUUCAGAUUAUCUCAUUUCUUCUGGAUCUGUCUCUGUAUUCCUCACUCCCUUCCCCAUCCCAACCCCUUCUUUCUCUAGAUUGUUUACAUAUGAAGGGCUUUUCUCUCUCAGAGUUGCUGUCUUCUCUGAGACACACAAAUCUAAGUCAGACCAUUGCCCCACGCCCUCCCACCUUUUCUUUAGACCUCAACUUCGCUGCGGGUGGGGGUUUGGUGUCCUAAGGAGACUCCUGGAAGCUGAAUGGAGAGGAGGAGGAAGAAAAUGAAGAAGGAGUGAUUGAAUGCCGGGCAAGGGACUGGCUGCGCUGCUGUGGCUCCCUAGCCUGAGGGGCCUGCUGUCCCUCUGAGGCCUAGUGAAAAAGCUGCAGGAGGUGCAUCCUCCACCUCUAAUCUUGGAGGCUAUUAUCUCACCUCCAAGCACUGAGCUGGGUUCCUGCCCAAUUCCAUCCUUCCCUGAGGGAGAGAAGGGAAGUGAAAAGUAGAAUAACUCCCUACCAUUUCCCUCUUUUUCUCCUCAUCAGCCAGCCCCUCCUCCAGCCCCCUCUGGUGGCAUGCCAUGCCAAGAGCAACGUGUAAAGGAACAGAGAAUAUCCAAUGCAGUCAAGUCCACCCCGCCCAGACUUUGCCACUGCCUUCUCCCACCCUUCUGUCUCCCCCACAAUAGUUUAUUUGGUUGGUCUGGACUCACUUGUGGCCUUUGAUUAAAUUCCUAAGGGGCCUGAAGAAGACAUUUCUAUUGCAGAGGGUUAGAGGCACUUGAGCAAGGCCCCCACACCCCAACUCUGGGAGUUGUGGUCGGGGGAGGCACUUCUCGGGGAUAGGACCAGACAAGAUAACAGGAGCUCACAAGGAAGCAGAAGCUGUGACAAGUUUAGUAGUCUCAAAAUGGGUUAUGUCCCUUCCCCCUUCACAUCAGAAUCUUGUGAAAUGGGAAAACAACAGAAGGAGGGGAUCAAAGAAAGCUGAUCUCACAUGCUUCCCAGGCAGGGCAGAGGUGGGAGUCAAACCUGGGUGACAGGUGGGUGGAGAGCCCUGUUUGAGGUUGUGGCUGAUCCCUCUCUGGUAUUAGCUUUUCCCCUGGGAGCAGGAAGCCCUAGGAAGAGGGGACUGUAGGGUCCCCAGGGGAUCUUUCCUCCCUCCCCUGCAUGAGGCAGAGGCAAGCUGCCUGCCAACCCCCUCCCUCAAGGAAUGGCCUUGCCCGGGAAUGCCCACCACACAUACCCUCUUUUUUUCUAGUCAAACUCUGUUUAUUCCUUGGCUUGCCUCCCUCUUUCCUCCCCUCUCAACCUUUACUUCUGAUUUCUAUUUCAUGGAAUUUGGGAUUGAAGUUAAACUACAACAGUGCCGCCAACACCAAGUCUUGCAGGAAAAAAAUACAAAGAAAUUUAACAAAAAAAAAAAAAUAUAUUAAUAAAAAAGUUCAAAAAAGGGGGGGGAUUGUCAUCUCCUUUGGGGUGCGAUGGCUUCAAAUCCAAACUGAGGCUCUCCGGGUGGUGAGGAUGCGCGAGGAGGCCUCUUGAAGAACUCCAGGCCUAUCAUGCUGUCUGUCCGCUAAAGCCUGAGGCUCGAGGUCAGAGGAUUCAGGAAGGCUCUGCAUCGGCCCAGGAGGGCGGGGUCCCGUGGUGGAGGCGGGGAGAGGGAAGGACCGCACGGAUCACCAACCCCUGCUCGGCCCCGUACCAGGAGGCGCUGGGGUGCAGAGGAGCGGAGUUGAGGCAGAAGCCAGGUGAGGCUGGAGUCCUGGGGGUAGGCAGGCUGUCGCUGCCGCUGUCUGAGAUGGAAAUCGGGGGAGGAAGCUCGCGGAAGAAACCGAGGAGGGUCGUGGAAAGAAAGCAAUGGCUGAGCUAGGGAUGAGAUACCAGUCAGAAUGGUGGCGCCUUCGCUGAAGCUUCAGGACCUCAUCGAAGAGAUUCGCGGGGCCAAGACUCAGGCCCAGGAGCGGGAGGUGAUCCAAAAGGAGUGUGCCCACAUCCGGGCCUCCUUCCGCGAUGGGGACCCAGUGCACAGGCACCGGCAGCUGGCCAAACUGCUCUACGUCCACAUGUUGGGCUACCCCGCCCACUUUGGACAGAUGGAGUGCCUGAAACUGAUCGCCUCCUCCAGAUUCACAGACAAGAGGGUGGGCUACCUGGGGGCCAUGCUUCUAUUGGAUGAGAGGCACGAUGCCCACCUGCUCAUUACCAACAGCAUCAAGAAUGACCUGAGCCAGGGGAUUCAGCCAGUACAAGGCCUGGCCUUGUGCACUUUGAGCACCAUGGGCUCUGCUGAGAUGUGCCGAGACCUGGCCCCAGAGGUGGAGAAACUGCUCCUGCAGCCCAGUCCCUACCUGCGCAAGAAGGCUAUUCUGACUGCAGUGCACAUGAUCCGGAAGGUCCCUGAACUCUCCAGUGUCUUCCUCCCACCCUGUGUCCACCUGCUUCACGAGCGUCACCAUGGUAAGGCUGUGGGGCUCCCCAUCCUUUGCUUCAGCUCUGUGGACAGAAGAAUUGAAAAUCGGAUGGGAACACCAGCUCAUAGGAGAAGGGUAGCGCACACACACAGGCACACACGCAAUAGACUCUCUUGCCCCUGGCCCCCACCAUUCACUUCCCCGACCCUGACCCCAGGCAUCCUGCUGGGCACCAUCACGCUGAUCACGGAGCUCUGCGAACGAAGCCCUGCAGCCCUCAAGCACUUCCGAAAGGUGGUACCCCAGCUGGUACAGAUCCUCCGGACUCUGGUGACAACGGGAUACUCCACAGAACACAGCAUAUCUGGAGUUAGCGACCCCUUCCUGCAGGUCCAGAUACUUCGUCUGCUUCGGAUCCUGGGCCGGAACCACGAGGAGAGCAGUGAGACCAUGAAUGACUUGCUGGCCCAGGUAGCCACUAACACAGACACCAGCCGAAAUGCCGGGAAUGCGGUCCUGUUUGAGACAGUACUCACCAUCAUGGAUAUCCACUCUGCAGCUGGCCUACGGGUUCUAGCUGUCAACAUUCUUGGCCGCUUCCUACUCAACAGUGACAGGAACAUUAGGUAUGUAGCCCUGACAUCAUUGCUUCGACUGGUGCAGUCUGAUCACAGUGCUGUGCAGCGGCAUCGGCCCACUGUGGUGGAUUGUCUACAGGAAACUGAUGCCUCCCUCAGCCGGAGGGCCCUGGAACUAAGCCUGGCUCUGGUAAAUAGCUCCAAUGUGCGAGCCAUGAUGCAAGAGCUGCAGGCCUUUCUGGAGUCCUGCCCUCCUGACCUACGGGCUGACUGUGCCUCAGGCAUCCUGCUAGCUGCAGAGAGGUUUGCUCCCACCAAACGCUGGCACAUAGACACCAUCCUGCAUGUGCUGACAACGGCGGGCACCCAUGUGCGGGAUGAUGCAGUGGCCAACCUGACCCAGCUGAUUGGGGGGGCCCAGGAGCUACAUGCCUACUCUGUGCGCCGCCUCUACAAUGCCCUGGCAGAAGACAUUUCCCAGCAACCACUGGUGCAGGUGGCAGCCUGGUGCAUUGGGGAAUAUGGGGACCUCCUGCUGGAGGGGAACUGUGAGGAGAUUGAGCCCCUUCAGGUGGACGAAGAGGAAGUACUGGCAUUGCUGGAAAAGGUGCUGCAGUCCCAUAUGUCCCUGCCAGCCACUCGAGGAUAUGCCCUCACAGCCCUAAUGAAACUCAGCACUCGCCUCCAAGGGGACAAUAACCGCAUCCGCCAGGUGGUGUCCAUCUACAGGAGCUGCUUGGACGUGGAGCUGCAACAGCGGGCUGUGGAAUAUGACACACUCUUCCAGAAGUACGAUCACAUGAGGGCUGCCAUCCUGGAAAAAAUGCCUCUUGUGGAGCGAGAUGGCCCUCAGGCUGAUGAGGAAGCAAAGCAAAGCAAAGAAGCAGCCCAACUUUCAGAAGCAGCCCCAGCACCCACAGAGUCCCAGGCCUCACAGCUCCUGGAUCUGCUAGAUCUCCUGGAUCGGGCUUCUGGGGAUGCCCAGCAUCCUCCCCCUCUGGACCCCUCCCCAGGAGGUGCCCUGGUAUACCUGCUUGACCUUCCCUGUGCACCUCCACCCCCAGCUCCCAUCCCAGAUCUCAAAGUGUUUGAGCGUGAGGGAGUACAGCUGAAUCUGUCUUUCAUUCGACCCCCUGAAAACCCUGCUUUGCUGUUAAUCACCAUCACUGCCACCAACUCCUCAGAGGGUGAUGUCACCAAUUUCAUCUGCCAGGCUGCUGUGCCCAAGAGUCUCCAGCUGCAGCUGCAGGCCCCCAGUGGGAACACAGUUCCAGCUCGGGGUGGCCUUCCUAUCACCCAGCUCUUCAGAAUCCUCAAUCCUAACAAGGCCCCCCUGCGGCUAAAGCUGCGCCUUACCUACAACCACUUUCACCAGUCAGUGCAGGAGAUUUUUGAGGUGAACAACUUGCCUGUGGAAUCGUGGCAGUAACUGUCUCCAUCACAGCCUGAAAUUCUCCUGUGUCCCAAACCCCAGCCGCUUGAAACCUACACCUGAGGGCUACCAGCAGGUGGCACUCUGGCUUUGCACUGCAAAAACUGGGGACCAGCCCCCUUCUCCCCCAAAUAAAGCCCAAUAAAGCCUGAGAGGGGAGGAAAGCCA